AAAAUUCAAAAAAAGACAAUUACAGUUAGAGAAAAAAUUUAAUUAAUUUAUUUAUGAACAAAUAAUGAAAUAAACGCUUUUUAGUUGUUACAAAAGAGAGACACCGAUUUCGAUGUCUCCGCAAUUAGAGAAUGCUUAAGUUACCAAAAGGUUUAAAGAAGAAAAAGAAGAAGUCAAAAAAAGAUAAAGAACUCUUCACUGAAGAGGAACUCGAACAAUAUAAACGUGACCUUAAAGCAAAGCAAGAAGCUGCUGCUGCUAAAUCAGACGCUGGUGAAUCAGACGCAGCAUCAGACGUUGAAGGUUUAGCGUCAACAGCAUCUGUUUCAGUCGCUGGUGGUAGCAGUUUUAGUGUUGCUACUACUCAAGCAGCUGAAAGCACCGCUGACGGUGCUGAUACCGCUACAACUGUCAAAAAAUCGGAAGAAGACGAAGAGUGGGCAAAAUUUAAGGCACUAACUUCUGGUGUUGAUACUAUACUUCAUAAAACACAAGACGAGCUUGAUCGCAUAAAAAAAGAAUCCUUCUACCAGCGUUUACCUUCUGCAGCUGAAAAGAAACGACUUGAAGAAGAGGAAGCCGCUAAGCGGGAAGCAGAGCGCUUAGAAGAAGAACGUCGUAAGGCGGCAGAGCUUGAGGCUCAGCGUGAUAAGCUUGCAGAGGCUGUAGUUGAAUUAUCAGAAUCAGAACCUGAAGACGAGGAAGUACUUGAUGAUAUCUUUUGUUAUGAAUGA